UGCUUGCCCUAUAAAAUGAGCUCUUGGGAGAAUAAUCCAGAGAUCGAAAUAUUUCGUGAAUACCUGCGUAUACCAAGUGUGCAUCCGGACGUUGAUUAUGCGCCCUGCGUGGAGUUCCUGAAACGACAGGCUAUCGAUUUGGGAUUGCCUAUUGAGAUUUACUCUCCCGCGGGUCCGACAAAACCGGUUGUUGUCAUAACAUGGGUAGGCAAGCAACCAGAUUUACCUUCGGUGGUCUUGAAUUCACACAUGGACGUUGUGCCCGUGUUUCCCGAGAAAUGGACUCACCUACCAUUCGCUGCCGACAUCGAUAAGGAGGGCCGAAUAUAUGCGCGUGGCGCACAGGAUAUGAAAUGUGUGGGUAUGCAAUAUCUGGCUGCGAUAAGGGCGCUGCGUAAAAACGAUGUGAUCUUAAAGCGCACCAUUCAUGUGAUUUUUGUGCCAGACGAGGAAAUCGGUGGCGUCGAGGGCAUGCGUGUGUUCAUCCAAUCGAAGGAUUAUGAAAAACUAAAUGUGGGCUUCUCACUGGACGAAGGCAUCGCCUCGGCGGAUGAAACUUUCCCAGUUUACUAUGCGGAGCGCAGCAUCUGGCAUGUCCAUUUUAUAUUUAGCGGCACUGCCGGUCACGGUUCCUUGUUACAUAAAAAUACCGUUGGCGAGAAAUUCCAUUUCAUACUCAAUAAACUGAUGGAAUUCAGACAAGGCGAAGUGGAGCGUUUAGAAAAGGAUAGUGCGCUUUCUAUUGGUGAUGUCACAACUAUCAAUUUAACCAGGCUGAAUGGCGGUGUGCAGAGCAAUGUGGUGCCACCGACGUUGGUUGCUGUUUUCGACAUGCGUUUGGCGUUGAGCGUUGAUCAUGAUGUCUACGAGAAACAGCUAAAUAAAUGGUGUGAGGAAGCUGGCGGUGGCAUCGAAAUCAAAUUUGAACAAAAGCAACCAAAAGUUGAAGCCACGAAAAUUGAUGAUUCCAAUCCCUUCUGGUUGGCAUUCAAAAAGACGACAACGGAGCUUGGCUUGAAAAUCACCCCUCUUGUAUUCCCCGGUGGCACCGACAGCCGUUAUAUUCGUCAAGCUGGCGUUCCAGCCAUCGGUUUCUCACCAAUGAACAAUACACCCGUAUUGUUGCAUGAUCACGAUGAAUUCUUACAGGCGGAUGUUUACUUGAAAGGAAUUGAAUACUAUAAAAAAAUCAUACCAGCUGUUACAAAUGUUUAUGUAUUGAUAUCAUCUCGCUUUUCAUAUAAGCGAUUUGUUUUUAGUGACUAUUUGAUAUUGUUGAUUGUAGUUGAAAUGAGCUCUUGGAAAGAUAACAAAGAAAUUGAAAUAUUUCGUGAAUAUCUGCGAAUACCAAGUGUACAUCCAGAUAUAGACUAUGCACCCACGGUGGAGUUUCUGAAAAAACAGGCCAAUGAGCUAGGAUUGCCAAUUGCGGUGCUUCAUCCCGGCAGUGUGGAGAAGCCAACUGUCGUAAUUACAUGGGUGGGGCAACAGCCGGAACUACCGACCAUUAUGUUGAACUCACACAUGGACGUGGUGCCAGUUUAUCCCGACAAGUGGACACAUCCACCUUUUGCCGCCGAAAUCGACGAGGAAGGUCGAAUAUUCGCACGCGGUUCACAGGACAUGAAAUGUGUGGGCAUGCAAUAUCUGGCAGCCAUACGCGCGCUGCGUAAAAGCGGCGUGACACUGAAACGCACAGUACAUGUAACAUUUCUACCAGACGAGGAAAUCACUGGUCCAAUGGGCAUGAAGGCCUUUCUGCAAUCUGAAGAUUUUAAAAAACUAAAUGUUGGCUUCUGUUUCGACGAAGGCAUUGCAACAGCCAAUGAAACAUUUCCAGUUUUCUAUGCGGAAAGAAGUCUUUGGCAUGUGCAUUUUAUAAUUAGUGGCAAUGCCGGACACGGUUCGCUGUUGCACAAAAAUACGGUGGGCGAAAAGUUGAACUAUAUUCUGACCAAAUUGUUUCAGUUUAGACAACACGAAGUCGAUCGUUUGGCUAAAGAUAAAUCUUUGCAACUUGGCGAUGUCACAACCAUCAAUUUAACCGUUGUGAAAGGUGGUGUACAAAGCAAUGUAGUGCCACCGGUUAUGGAAGCCGUUUUCGACAUGCGUUUGGCAUUGAAUGUGGACCACGAUGUUUUUGAUAGACAGCUCAAAGCGUGGUGCGAAGAAGCUGGCGGUGGUGUGGAAAUCGUAUAUGAGCAGAAAGAGCCACAGGUUGCGGCUACAAAAAUUGAUAACUCCAAUCCAUAUUGGUUGGCAUUUGAGAAAACUAUGAAAGAUUUAAAUCUUAAAAUCCAACCACUCGUGUUUCCUGCCGGCACGGAUAGCUAUUAUAUACGCGGACUGGGCUUGCCCGCCAUAGGUUUUUCGCCUAUAAAUCACACACCCGUGUUGUUGCAUGAUCACGAUGAGUUUCUGCAAGCGGACGUCUACUUAAAGGGCAUUGAAAUUUACAAAAACGUUAUAACGGCUGUUGCUAAUGUUGAAAAAUAAUUAAACUGAAAUUCUAACUUACAUAUAUUCCGAUUUUAAUAUUUUAUUUGAAUUAUUCAGUGUAAAAGUCGUAAGGCCUAAUAUAGAAAAUCAGCAAUUUGAAAUAAAGAACGUUUUGACAUA